AUGCCGUUCAUUAUAAGGGGAAGACCCCUGAGGGGGGCACAGCAUGCCAGCAACAAAACGACCACUCCCUCCACUGCCUCGGCCCUCUGGUCAGAAAGCAACACCCGCCUGCACCAGCUCCAUCCACCAGAGCAACUGCAGGCUCCGGCCAGCACCGGCAAGCCAGUCGGCACCUCCUAUGGCCUCCUUGGGGUUAACAGUGGCAAUCAGGGUGUCGUUGACACUGACACCAGUGUCAGCCCAGUCCUCGCUUGGCACGCCGCCAUUACUGCUGCUCGCCAAGCACAGGGCGACUCUGCAAAGCCUGACACGGACUCACGGCCCUCAGUUUGCACCACUGGACCAGCUCCUGUAGGCUCACUGGCGCAGAGGAAGAGGCAGCAGUACGCCAAAAGCAAAAAACAAGGAGGAUCUACCAACAGCAGGCCACCCAGAGCUCUGUUCUGCCUCACCCUCAACAACCCGAUCCGCCGGGCCUGCAUCAGCCUGGUGGAGUGGAAACCAUUUGAUAUCUUUAUACUGCUGUCUAUCUUUGCCAACUGUGUGGCCUUAGCCAUCUACAUCCCCUUCCCUGGAGACGACUCCAAUUCUACCAACCAAGAACUGGAAACAGUAGAGUAUGCCUUCCUCAUCAUUUUCACUAUAGAGACAUUUCUGAAGAUUAUUGCCUAUGGCCUGGUCAUGCACCAAAACUCCUACGUCAGAAAUGGUUGGAACAUGCUGGACUUUGUCAUUGUCAUUGUGGGGUUGUUCAGUGUUGUUCUGGAGAUGAUAACCAAAGACGCUGACUCUGGUGGACAGUCUGGAGGCAAACCUGGGGGGUUUGACGUCAAGGCCCUCAGGGCCUUCCGCGUGCUUCGCCCCCUUCGCCUUGUCUCUGGAGUUCCCAGUUUACAGGUGGUUUUAAACUCCAUCAUCAAAGCCAUGGUUCCCCUGCUUCACAUCGCUCUGCUCGUCCUCUUCGUCAUCAUAAUCUACGCCAUCAUUGGCCUGGAACUCUUCAUCGGCAAAAUGCAUGCAACAUGCUAUGUGAUACAAACAGGUGUCCUCUCCGAAGACGAGCCCACGCCAUGUGCGGUAUCAGGGCACGGCCGUCACUGCAUGUUCAAUGGUACAGUUUGCAGAGAGGGCUGGCAGGGCCCAAACAACGGCAUCACCAACUUCGACAAUUUUUUGUUUGCCAUGCUCACUGUGUUCCAGUGCAUCACCAUGGAGGGCUGGACUGACGUUCUCUACUGGAUGAAUGAUGCAAUGGGGUUUGAGCUGCCUUGGGUUUACUUUGUCAGUCUGGUCAUCUUUGGAUCCUUCUUUGUCCUCAACUUGGUCCUUGGAGUGUUAAGCGGAGAGUUUUCCAAAGAGCGAGAGAAGGCCAAGGCUCGGGGAGACUUCCAAAAGCUCCGUGAGAAGCAGCAGUUGGAGGAAGACCUAAAGGGCUAUCUGGACUGGAUCACCCAGGCCGAGGACAUCGACCCUGAGAACGAGGAAGAAGGAGACGAGGAGGGCAAGCGUAACCGGGUCACGCUGGCUGACCUCACUCAGAAGAAGAAAGGGAAGUUUGGCUGGUUCACCCAGUCCACAGAGACACAGGCGAGCAUGCCAACGAGUGAGACGGAGUCGGUGAACACAGACAAUCACAAUGGAGAGGAGGACAAAUCACCAUGUUGUGGACCACUGUGUCGCCAGUCGCGGCGGUGGAACCGGUUCUGCCGCAGAAAGUGUCGUGUGGCUGUGAAAUCAGUGACGUUUUAUUGGCUGGUCAUCAUCUUGGUGUUCCUCAACACUCUCACCAUCGCCUCUGAGCACUACAACCAGCCCGACUGGCUGACUGAAGUACAGGACAUAGCCAACAAGGUUCUCCUGGCGAUGUUCACCAUGGAGAUGCUGGUGAAGAUGUACAGUCUGGGGCUGCAGGCGUACUUCGUGUCCCUGUUUAACCGCUUUGACUGUUUCGUGGUGUGCGGAGGCAUCGUAGAGACCAUCCUGGUGGAGCUGGCCAUCAUGUCUCCUUUGGGCAUCUCUGUUUUCCGCUGUGUACGCCUGCUCAGGAUCUUCAAAGUUACUCGUCACUGGGCAUCUCUCAGUAACCUGGUGGCCUCUCUACUCAACUCCAUGAAGUCCAUUGCCUCCCUGUUGCUGCUGCUCUUCCUCUUCAUCAUCAUUUUCUCCCUGCUCGGCAUGCAGCUCUUUGGGGGCAAGUUCAACUUUGACGAGACAGUGACCAAGAGGAGCACGUUUGAUAAUUUCCCCCAGGCUCUGCUCACCGUGUUCCAGAUCUUGACAGGAGAAGACUGGAACACAGUGAUGUAUGAUGGUAUUAUGGCGUACGGUGGUCCGUCCUCCUCUGGAAUGGUGGUCUGCAUUUACUUCAUCAUCCUCUUCAUCUGUGGAAACUACAUCCUACUGAAUGUCUUCUUGGCCAUCGCCGUCGACAACCUGGCAGACGCAGAGAGCCUCAACACAGCACAGAAGGAGGAAGAGGAGGCCAAGAAGAGGAAGAACAGUGCCAAGGAUACAAGCACAGAGAACAAUAAAGUGGAAAUAACAGAAGCCAGUGAUGGCGAGACCAAGAUGCCAGCAGACGCCAUGCUAGAGGAAGACAAAGAGUUGUAUACUGCCAUCGACUCGCCAGGUAAAACGGACGUUAAUCAUGAUAAUGAAGACCUUCCAGAAGUGCUGCCUGGACCCCGCCCCCAGAGGCUUUCUGAACUCACUAUCAAGGAGAAGACUCCGCCCAUCCCGGAGGGCAGCGCCUUCUUCAUCUUCAGCAGCAAAAACCCGUUUCGUGUGUUCUGCCAUAAGCUGAUCAACCAUCAGAUCUUUACCAACCUCAUCCUGGUCUUCAUCAUGCUCAGUUCUGUCUCUCUGGCUGCCGAGGACCCUAUACGCAACUUCUCUGCUCGCAACAUUGUACUUGGUUAUUUUGACUAUGCUUUCACCGCAAUCUUUACUGUUGAGAUCCUGUUGAAGAUCCUAGGCUAUGCAGACUAUGUCUUCACUAGUAUGUUUACAUUUGAGAUCCUUAUUAAGAUGACGGCAUUCGGAGCGUUCCUUCAUAAAGGAGCUUUCUGUAGAAACUACUUCAACCUUUUAGACCUGCUGGUCGUUGGUGUGUCUCUGGUGUCAUUCGGCAUUCAGUCCUCUGCUAUCUCCGUAGUGAAGAUUCUCCGUGUUCUCAGAGUCCUCCGUCCACUCAGGGCCAUCAACAGAGCCAAGGGACUCAAGCAUGUGGUCCAGUGUGUGUUUGUGGCGAUCAGGACCAUCGGCAAUAUCAUGAUCGUCACCACCCUGCUGCAGUUUAUGUUCGCUUGUAUCGGUGUACAGCUCUUUAAGGGGAAAUUUUAUCGAUGCACAGAUGAUGCAAAGUCCAGCCCGGAGGAGUGCAAGGGUACGUACAUUCUGUACCUCAAUGGGGACACAGCAAUAAACACGGCGAUGCCCAUGGUGAAGGAAAGGAUCUGGCACAACAGUGACUUCAACUUUGACAAUGUCCUGAUGGCCAUGAUGGCGCUCUUCACCGUCUCCACCUUUGAAGGAUGGCCCACACUGUUGUACAAGGCCAUCGACUCCAAUAAAGAGAACAUGGGUCCCAUCUACAACUACCGCAUCGAGAUCUCCAUCUUCUUCAUCAUCUACAUCAUCAUCAUUGCCUUCUUCAUGAUGAACAUCUUUGUUGGUUUCGUUAUCGUCACCUUCCAGGAGCAGGGGGAGAAGGAGUACAAGAACUGUGAGCUGGACAAGAACCAGCGUCAGUGUGUGGAAUACGCUCUUAAAGCUCGUCCUCUGCGACGCUACAUCCCCAAAAACCCGUACCAGUACAAGUUCUGGUAUGUGGUCAACUCCACUGGGUUUGAAUACGUCAUGUUUGUGCUGAUCAUCCUCAACACCUUGUGUCUGUCUAUACAGCACCAUGGUCAGUCUCACCUUUUUAAUUACGCCAUGGACGUCCUCAACAUGGUCUUUACUGGAGUUUUCACAGUGGAGAUGAUCCUCAAGCUCAUCGCCUUCAAACCCAGAGGCUAUGUUGGGGACGCCUGGAAUGUCUUCGACGCCCUGGUGGUGGUUGGCAGUGUUGUCGACAUCAUACUCAGCCAGAACUAUUUUGCUGAUGCAUGGAACACGUUUGAUGCCUUAAUUGUUGUGGGUAGCGUGGUUGACAUUGCCAUCACUGAGAUCAAUUCGGCAGCCAUUCCUGUCGUCAAGGUGACAGUGGAGCCAGGGAACACAGAGGACAGUGCUCGCAUCUCCAUCACCUUCUUCCGCCUGUUCAGAGUGAUGCGAUUGGUCAAACUGCUGAGCAGAGGGGAGGGCAUCAGGACUCUGCUGUGGACCUUCAUCAAGUCUUUCCAGGCUCUUCCCUAUGUUGCACUCCUGAUCGCCAUGUUGUUCUUCAUAUAUGCUGUGAUAGGAAUGCAGGUGUUUGGUAAAAUAGCCAUGGUGGAUGGAACACAAAUCAACCGCAACAACAACUUUCAAACUUUCCCUCAAGCUGUCCUGAUGCUCUUCAGGUGUGCUACAGGUGAGGCCUGGCAGGAGAUCAUGCUGGCCUGUCUGCCUGGGAAGCUGUGUGACCCAGAGUCCGACUACAACCCUGGAGAGGAGAGAACGUGCGGCAGCGGUUUUGCCAUUAUCUACUUCAUCAGCUUCUACAUGCUCUGUGCUUUUCUGAUCAUCAAUUUAUUCGUGGCUGUCAUCAUGGAUAACUUUGACUAUCUGACCCGUGAUUGGUCUAUUCUGGGGCCGCAUCAUCUGGAUGAGUUUAAACGGAUCUGGUCCGAAUACGAUCCUGAAGCCAAGGGCAGGAUAAAGCAUCUUGACGUGGUGACUCUGCUGAGGAGGAUCCAGCCUCCACUGGGCUUUGGCAAGCUCUGCCCACACAGGGUGGCCUGUAAGCGUCUGGUGGCGAUGAACAUGCCCCUGAACAGUGACGGGACUGUCAUGUUUAACGCCACUUUGUUUGCUCUGGUCCGCACUGCUCUCAAGAUUAAGACUGAGGGAAAUCUGGAGCAAGCCAAUGAGGAGCUCAGAGCUGUGAUCAAAAAAAUCUGGAAGAGGACCAGCAUGAAGCUGCUGGACCAAGUUGUUCCCCCAGCAGGCGAUGACGAGGUAACAGUGGGGAAGUUCUAUGCCACCUUCCUGAUACAGGACUACUUCAGGAAAUUCAAGAGGCGCAAAGAGCAAGGUCUUGUGGGAAGGCCCUCGUGGGAGAGGCUGAACACCACCUUGGCUCUACAAGCCGGUCUGCGCACGCUGCAUGACAUGGGACCAGAGAUACGUCGAGCCAUAUCAUGUGACCUGCAGGAGGAAGGGCUAGUAGAUGCUAAUGGAGAGGAAGAAGAGGAAGUCUACAGGCGUAACGGCAGUUUGUUUGGAAACCACGUCAACCAUGUCAGUGGCGAUCAGCAAGGCUCCUCUCAGCCGACCACCGUCACGCAACGGCCGCUCCAGAUCCUGACCUUCUCCUGCAGCUCCUCCACUGAGCCCCCCCAGACUGGCAGGAGAGCCGGCAGCAAUGACAGGGAGGGAGAGACAGAGAUGAACUCCUCACCCAUCCAGUACAAUCAUCACUACCAUCCUCCUCAUCCUCAUAAUUCCCCUCAUUGUAAUUCCACCCGCAAUCAAUCGCCAAUACCCUCCAAUGCCAACCUCAACAAUGCCAACGUGCCCUCGCUUCUCCCCAUGACCAGUGUGAGGCAACAGAAGUGUUUGUUAAAACGAGACCGCCCGUCCUCCACCAAAAACGGGUCCUCGGCAUCCACUCACAGCAAAGGAGCGCAUGACAAGACUGUGAGGUCACAUACCACGAGGACACGCUACUAUGAGGCCUACAUUAGGCCAGAAAGCGGUGGUGGACUUUACCCCACCAUUUGUCGAGAGGAGCCGGGCGGCAUGGAGAGCGAUGAGGACCGGGGCUCAGGAGAGUACUUCAGCGGAGAGGAGUUUCAUGAGGACGACACCAUUUUCACUAGAGACAGGCUCCCCAACAAGGAACAACAUGAUGAUGCAGAGGCAGACUUGGAUCCCGAGGUUGCCGGGGGCAACAACCAGUCUGAUGAUCAACAGCUGCUCCACCAAGACAGCAGGCGGUCACCAAGGAGAUGGUUUUUACCCUCGCCUCAAGCCUCCAACAAACCAACGUUUAGUUUUGAGUGUCUCCGCAGAAGAAGUAGUCUGGACGAUGCUCCUCAUUCUCCGUCCUGCACAGCUCUUCCACUGCACCUGGUGCAGCAGCAGGUAAUGGCGGUGGCCGGUCUUGAUCCCAGAAUUCACCGUCUGUCUCCGACCAGGUCUCUGCGAUCCUGGGCCACGCCUCCUGCUUCACCCAUCAGCCUCAACUUCUCGCCCUGCUACACGCCGCUCAUACAGGUGGACUGGCGCAGUCCUGGCAGCAUCAGCAGCCUCCCCAGAGCGGUGAAGAGGAGUUCAUGGUACACAGACAGCCUGGAAGGUCCUCCCAGUCGCAGCCAGUCCCCGUCCCGGCUGCAGUUACCUGCAGAGAGCUGCUCGCACUUCCUGCAGAAGAGAGGCAGUGCCAGCAGUCUGGUGGAGGCUGUGUUGAUCUCUGAGGGUCUGGGGAAGUACGCCAAAGACCCCAAGUUUGUCUCAGCGACCAAACACGAGAUUGCAGACGCCUGCGAGAUGACCAUCGACGAGAUGGAGAGCGCCGCCAGUAAUCUCCUGAAUGGGAGUGUGAGUGAUGACACCAACGGGGGAGCGGGUAACGUCAGCUCGGACGCACAAGCCAGCGCACAUCUCAGAGACCACAGCCUCCGUGACUACAGCGACGAGGAGCCGUACGUGGCUGUGAAAUGCGAAGAGGACCUGAAAGAUGAGAUGAUAUGCAUCACGUCGCUAUAG